AUGAUGGCCCAAUUUAUCCGAAAAUUGUUCAGCCAGGCGUCUGUCUCCAUUCAGCUUCUUUCUGAUCUUCACUUGGAAGUGAAUCAGCAAUACACAUCAUUUGACGUGCCAGUCGUCUCCAAAUAUCUGCUGCUCGCCGGGGAUAUUGGGCGUUUAGCAGACUACGAUCAAUACCUUCGUUUCCUCCAAAGGCAAACGGAGAAAUUUGAGUUGGUUUUUCUUGUCCUCGGCAAUCAUGAGUUCUAUGGCGGAUCCUUUGAGUCGGCAUUCGAAACAGCGAGGCGACUUGAACAGGAGCCAUCUUUAAAUGGACGACUCAUUUUACUCCACCAACGACGAUAUGACAUCCCAGACUCCCAUGUCACCAUACUGGGAUGUACUCUUUGGUCUGAUAUUCCCGAAAACUCCAGAGAUAUUGUCCAUUACAAAAUCCAGGAUUUCCAGAAAAUCAAGGAUUGGACGGUCGACGAGCAUAAUGCGGCGCAUAAGUCCGACUUGAAUUGGCUACGCAACGAGGUCCAGUCAAUUUAUAAUACCCACAAAAAAAAUCCUACAGAAUCAUCGAAACGGUCGAUUCUGGUCGCGACACAUCAUGCACCCGCUAUGCACCGCACAUCGAGUCCACAGCAUGCGAAGAAUCCUUGGAGUGCUGCAUUCGCCACGGACUUAUUAUCACAGCCGUGGAAUGGUGUGAACAAUUGGGUGUUCGGGCAUACACAUUACUCAACGGAGUUUAAGGAGAGGGGGAUUAGGGUUGUGAGUAACCAACGAGGUUAUAUACUUCCAUGGAGCAAUGAGGCCAAUGGGUUUGAUGCAGGGAAGGUCAUUUGGGUAUGA